AUGUUGUCUUUGGGAACAUCGAAAGAAAUUCUAGAAAUCGCGAAAUUCGCAGUGUACGUCGGUGUGCCGAUUGGGCUGAUGUACUUGUUCGCAGCCACCAACAACAAAAAUCUCCAGAAAGUCAUGGGAAAUCGUCAAUAUGUGGUUUACCCACCCGAAGCCCCACGGCCUCCAUCCCCCGAAGAGAUGAGAGAGAUGGCCCGGGAAUUAGCCCGCAAGAGAGAUGAGCUUUGA